GGAAAUUGUUUUCAAUGAUGCAUCGCGCUCAUCGACCAUUUUCUUAACUGACGGAGUGGCUCUAAUUUCUGAAGAGAUUUAUCAGAAAAUAAUCAAUUAUCUAGCUAAUAUAAAGGUAAAAGAAUCUAUUACCAUUGAAGAU